GCAACACCGACACCUUACAAGGUAGGAACCACCUCCAGACCUUCACCUGUGGGAACCCAGCCCAAACCUGGCGCAAGGCGCUGGAUUCAGGGUCUUUUUUUCUCUGGAUGAACUGGAAGAUAAUCGCAGCACUGCCCUUCCUACUGACUGUGUUUAAUGAUGGAUCUGCUCAGGUCACUCCUCCCAGAGGCUGUGGUUCCGACCUCCUAUCUGUAUACUUCAACCUGUGUGACCUGGAUGCUGUUUGGGGGAUUGUCCUGGAAACUAUCGCUGCUCUAGGAAUCGUCAUCAGCCUGGUACUGAUCGUGGUACUGCUGGGCAUCACCCCUUUCAUUGCCGACAGCAGGAAGAAGGCUUCCAUUCCCAUCCUCUGCAUCUUCCUUCUUGGCACCAUGGGCAUCUUUGGUCUAACCUUUGCUUUCAUCAUCAAAUUUGAUCAGAGGACAUGUCCCACCAGGAUCUUCCUCUGGGGUGUGCUCUUUGCCAUUUGCUUCUCCUGUUUACUCGUCCAGGUUUGGAGGGUGUUGAAGUUGGUGCGGUCAGGAAACGGUCCCUCUGGGUGUUGCAUGGUUGCCAUGGUCCUGUGUCUAACACUGGUCCAAGUCAUCAUUGCCAUUGAGUAUCUGGUGCUGGUCACCUUCCGAUUCAGUAAAGCCUGUGUCUACAACAGUACGGACUUCACCAUGCUGCUAAUCUAUGUCAUGUUCCUGAUGGCCCUGACUUUCGUCCUGUCCAUGUUCACCUUCUGUGGCCACUAUCAGAAGUGGAAGAAAUACGGCGCGUACAUAUUUGUGACCAUGCUCCUCUCCAUUGCGAUUUGGGUGGUGUGGAUAGUCAUGCUGGUGCGCGGGAACGUCUCGCUGAACCGGAGCCCCCAGUGGGAUGACCCGACGCUCAGCAUAGCGCUGGUUGCCAAUGGCUGGGUCUUUCUCCUGUUCUACAUUAUCCCUCAACUCCGGCACAUCACUUGCCCAGCAAAGCCCGAAGAUGAACCACUGGAUGAGGCGCCUCAGGAUCCACACAGCGGAAUGAUGAGUGGUAUAGACAACCAGGUGUUCAUGUACGAGGAGCAAGGCAGAGGAUUCACCAUGAAACACUCCAGUGUGGCCUCUUCACCCCCGUACAGUAACUCCAUACCAAUGGAAAACAAUAUGUACAGUGCACCGCCGGAGUUUACAAUCCCUCGGCCACAGACAAAGUCCAACUACUACCCAGCUCCUUUCCUACAAGAUCCUUAUCUCAACUACCAGAACAGGCAGACAACGUUCUAGAGCAUGUGGAUUCAGCCAGAAGCCCCAGAGGACUCCCGAUCCCGAGCUGCACACUUCAUGUUACGAACCGCUCCCCCACACACCGCAGGACCACUGCAAAUCCCUCCAAUCUUCAGCUGAUUAACACGUAAACCUUCCUCAGGAAUGCUGAGACAUGUAACUAUUUAUAUAAUGGAUUUAAUGACUCUUGUCACUCCCUCGUUACACGAUGCCUGAUGGCACAGUAGCAUGGGGAGUUCAGGUGGUUGUCACAUCUGCUGAUCUUGCUACAAGGUUACAAAGAUCAGCAAGGGAAAAGAUAAAAUGAAUGAGUGCUUUGACCUAUAAUAUGAAUUAGAUCAUCAGCCUUGAGAUUAAUGUUCCACAUCUCUGUGCUCCACGGGUGCAUUGUUCAUGGACACUCCUGGCGUUGAUGUCAAUGGCUGGACAUUACAAAUACUUGGGAUGUCCUGCUGUUCCUACCUGCCUUGCCUCUUUCCCACUACUCCAGUAGGUACUGCCUCAUCUCAGCCCCUCAGGCUGUGGUUCCACCUUCUGGUACACAUACCCUGAAGGUGCAUUCACAGCCUUACCGACGCCACCCUUUGCACGUGCAUCACCUUCCGUCAGAAGUGGCUGUGGAAUGAUUAGGAGCCAGACUCUCGAACAUCCAGCCACCCUCCACUCGCCUGAUCGGAGGCAACCAGUGUUCGGGAUAAAGCCCCUAUCAGCUGCUGAAAUCCCCAAGCAUAGAAAGGCCAACGUCUUCCUAAGUUUGGGACACCUCUUUAUCUUGUAACUCUUAUACUGUAACCAGCAAAACAAGCCAGCUCACCAGUGCGCUGGCUCAGAACGUGUCUGAAGCUGGGGCAUCUGUUACAGUUGAACACUUAUUUUCUGAUAGCAUUGUACUUUCCCCAAAUAAACCCAGGUCUGGAUGGGAAAAAUCAGCAGUGAAUCCCAGCUAAACCUUAUGCUUCCUGCCUUCAGAAUCUGUGAGUGGAACUAGUGUAUAUCCAGUUCAGAUGAAGGGUCUCAACUUGAAACAUCGACUCCCUGGCCCGCUGAGUUCCUCUAGCCGUUUGUUUCAUGCUCCAGAUUCAAGCAUCUGCCGUCUCUUGUGUCUCCAUAUAACUGUAAAUUGCCUGUGUAACUUUAAUGUAAAUAUAAUUUAUCUAUUUUAAAGCAAUGUUUUUACUCUUAUGCCAAA